UAUACACUACAUUUCCGGCUGGAUGCACACUCCCCGACUCACACUUUCAGAAUUUGGGAAACGACGGCAUUCGAGUAUCCACAGAUAAAACCUCUCUUUCGCCGUCACUCUCAUUCCCAUUUUAUCAGUCCUUUUUCCGCGCUCAACACUAACAAAAGCUCAAAAUUUGGUAUUGGAUGGUUAAGCCUUUCAGGACUGCAAAGCCCCCAUAGGCACUCAGGAAUAGAGCUUCUACAGAUUGGUUUCUGAAUAUUUUCUUAUUCUCUAAAUUGGGUUUUUGACGAAUAUUUCUUCUUGGUUGCCUGUGUUCUGUGGAGAAGUAGAAGAAAAUGAUGAACUUCAAGGAGUUUUGGACCAAGAAGACGUUGAUAGGUCUUGGGCUGGGACAGCUUCUCUCGUUUUUGAUCACUUCCACUGGCUUCACGUCUUCUGAACUCGCCAAAAAAGGAGUUAAUGCCCCAACUUCACAGUCUUUUCUAAAUUAUGUGUUCUUGGCAAUUAUAUAUGGAAGUAUUGUGCUUUACCGGAAGAAAGCACUCAAGGCAAAAUGGUAUUACUACAUACCUCUUGGAUUGGUAGAUGUAGAGGCCAAUUUUCUUGUGGUGAAGGCUUAUCAGUACACAUCUCUGACAAGCGUCAUGCUUCUCGAUUGUUGGUCAAUACCCUCUGUCAUGGUUCUUACCUGGAUUUUCUUAAAAACAAAAUAUAGGUUUCGAAAGAUAGUCGGUGUAGUUGUUUGUGUUGCUGGCCUUGUCGUUGUUAUUUUUUCAGAUGUUCAUGCUGGUGAUCGAGCAGGAGGGAGCAACCCCCGUAAAGGAGAUUCACUUGUUAUUGCUGGUGCUAUCCUAUAUGCUAUCAGUAAUGUCAGUGAGGAAUUUCUUGUGAAGCACGCUGAUAGAGUUGAGCUCAUGGCACUGCUGGGCCUUUUUGGUGCCAUUAUCAGUGCUAUCCAAAUAAGCAUUCUUGAGCGCAAUGAGCUCAAAUCUAUUCAAUGGUCAGUAGGGGCAGCACUUCCGUUUGUUGGAUUUGCAGUGGCUAUGUUUCUCUUUUACUCAUUAGUCCCUAUUUUGCUUAAGAUUAAUGGGUCUACAAUGCUGAACUUGUCUUUGUUGACCUCGGACAUGUGGUCUGUCUUGAUUCGCAUCUUCGCAUACAAUGAGAAGGUUGACUGGAUGUACUUUGUAGCCUUUGCUGCUGUCACUGCCGGGCUUGUUAUUUAUUCAGGGGGUGACAGAGAGGAUCAACGGCGUGCUGAUGUUGCUGAUGAAGAUGCUGAACAAAGCAAGCGUUUUGACGAGGAAUCUGGUUCAGGAAGUCGCAACCAAGGAACUAUAGCAGGUAGCUCGAAAACAGGGGAAUGCAGCAAGCAUGAUAAUACUGCCAUUAGUGUUGCAGGAAGGGAAUAUGUUGAGAGCAAGGACAUGGGAAAAGAUGUGCAAGGGAAGAAAUCAUGAUAUGAUUAGGAGUUUGCUUUAUGGAAAUCAGGGGAAGACAUCAUCACAUUCUUAUUUGAGGAGGGAGAGGAUGCAGUGCUGCUGCUAUCAAAUUGAAGGUAGCCUGUAUAUUGGCCUCGUUGGGAUUGUCAUUUGAACGAUAACCAUUUACUGCGUUGAAGAAAGAUGUGUAAAUUAUGGUUCUCAAUUUUGUCCUUUGUUGUUUACUUUUUUGCCCCUCCAGUUGACAUUAUUUUUGGAGGUUCUACGCGUUGGACCUAUGAGGAGGGUACGUUAUAGGCUUAAGCUUGAUUUCUUGUAAUUACAUUUGUGUCCAACUCCUGGAGCUCUCCUGGUUUGCUGACAUAUAUUGUUUAAAUCUAUUUACACGCUGAGUACAA